UUUAUUUGUAGCUGAUUUAUUGGUCGCUAGUUUCAAGAAGGGCAGAAAAGGUUCCGCUUGAAAAUUGAGAGUUAACAAGUGAUUUAUCGAAGAAAAAAAAAGAAGCGAUCCAUCGAAGGGUACGACUACGAGUGUCUGCCGCAUAUCAGCCAUCAUGUGCUUCGGGCCUCUACGCCCCUUGCGGCAGCUCUGCCAUUGGGGUCCUUUCAUUGCGAUAUUCCUCAUGCUCUACAUCACCACCAAUGCCGUCAUCUGUGCCCUGGUCGUAUGGCCACCUUUGAAGGAAGACCCUCUCAGUGUGGCCCACUGCGCUCUGCUGGUGAUCUGGUGUUUCAUCAUCUUCUAUCACUACUUUUAUGCAAUGUUCCUGGGACCGGGCUUUGUUCCCAAAGGCUGGAAACCGGAGAAGCAAGAGAAUGAAAAAUACCUUCAGUAUUGUCAAUUCUGUGAAGGAUACAAAGCUCCAAGGGCCCAUCACUGUAGAUACUGCAAAAGAUGUGUGAUGAAGAUGGAUCAUCACUGUCCAUGGAUAAACACUUGUUGUGGUCAUUUUAACCACGCCCACUUCACCAGCUUCCUCAUCUUUGCCGUACUGGGCUGUGGACAUGGAGCUAUAGUCUGCAUGUACACUCUCUAUAUACAAGUCUUUCAAAUAGUACUGUAUCCUCGCAGGCGAUACAUGAUGGAAUCGCUUCAGAAUUCCCCAUACCUUACAUUCGGUUUUGGUCAUCUUAUAUGUGCUAUUCUUGCUGUUGGUUUUGCCCUCGGAGUUUGUGUAGCUGUUGGUGUUUUAUUCGUUAUUCAGAUGAGAUCUAUACUUAAAAAUGAGACAGGUAUUGAGUCGUGGAUUAAAACAAAGGCAAACGCAAGACACAAACGUUCUGGAGGAACCUUUAGGUAUCCCUACCUCCUUGGCUGGAAGAAAAACCUGAGGGAAGUCUUCACGAUGUCUGGUAUCCCAAAGGGAGAUGGGAUUACGUGGUCUAUCAUAGACGGCUGUGAUCAGUACACAUUAACGAAAGAACAACUGGCACAAAAGGCAGAGAAGAAACAUCGUUUGGUGGAAUAUGAGAUCACAGAUGACUACAGUGGUUACAUUUGUACCUUCUCUCACGGUCUCUGUACCCUCAUCAGAGUGCCUCUCUCGGAUGAACCAAGGAUACCGGUAGAAUAUGGUGAUAUCGUCAUGGUUUCCAGAUGGAAAAAAUAUUGGUUGUAUGGUGAUGUGGUGCUGGACUCUGAUGAUGAGGCUGAUGAGGACACCAAGAAGUCCAAGAAGCGUGUCCGAGGUUGGUUUCCUGCCAACUGCGCCAAGGAGUUGAAAUUUGAGGAGGAGGAGGAGGAGGAUGGAAGGAGCAACAGCCAUGCAAACAACAAGGUCAAGUCCAAGGAUGACUGAGGAAACGUCCCAGAUGCAAAGAAUCAACCUAUAAAAAAAAAAAUUAUCCACAAUAUUUUAGACUAACAGUAGAGGAGUAUGAAGAAAAUAAAUCAAGUUUUAUGUUUCUUUAUUUUCUUCAUACCGGUACUCCUCAACUAUUUUAGCCUAAAAUAUUGUGGAUAAUUUUUUUUUUUAUAGGUUGAUUCUAUACACUCUAAGGUACACAAUUUGUUUAAAUAUAGAUGAU